CUGGGGGUGGGGGUGGGUGUAGAGUUUAAUUCCUGGAACAGCCCUGCAAGAGGAAAUGUCUGUUGCCUGGGGAGGCAGGCAAAGAGCCUCAGAGAGGAAGAGGGCCAAAGGGAGAUGACCAGGAGUGUGGAACUCCUCUGGGCAUCUGAGGCACUGCCAGCUUCUUUUCCCUUUGGGGCAGCACUGUUGGUCCGCUCCUCCUCCCCUCCUCCUGGCAGGGCUGUCUCUCCAAGGGGCCACCAAGCACCCCAGCUUCCUUUUGGCCUCUCUCCUAGAAACAUGGCUACUCCUUCCUCAGCUCCUCCACCGUCUUACGAAGAAUCGACCACCACCAGUAAUCCAACUCCGCAUCCCUACCCACCUGCAGGGGGAAUUCCUGCGAAGGGGGCACCGGCCCCUUACCCAGCCCAGACCCAGCCGCCAUUCCCACCCCAGCCCUAUGGCAUGCAACCCCAGCCAGCCCCAGCAAUACCUCCAGUGCCCAUCCACACCGUUUACAUCCCGGGGCCACUCAUCUUCCUGGAGCACCCCAUGCAAAUCUGCUGUCCUGCCUGCAACCAGAUGAUUGUAACCCGGAUCUCAUACCAGCCUGGAGCUCUGGCCUGGCUCUCCUGUGGCGGCCUUGCCCUGGUGGGGUGCUGGCUGGGCUGCUGCCUGAUCCCCUUCUGCGUGGAUGCCAUGCAGGACGUCCAGCACUUCUGCCCCUGCUGCAACGCCUUCCUGGGCGUCCACAAGCGCCUCUGAGCGGAUCCGGGCCCCGAUGCCAGGAA